AACAGUUUUUUCUCUGAUAUUUUAUUGAGUGAGAUAUAGAAUCAGUCUUAAUUUUAUCUUUCAGGGGAACCUAGAAUAUGUGAAUUUGUAUGGGGGGGAUCACGCUUAUUAAGGCAAAAACAGAACACCAUUUUUAUCUAUGUUAACAUUACUUCAACUGAUAGAGAUGCUGUUUUUCUCAAAAAAUGAUGUGUCAAUUGAGCAGGCGAGAUAAAAUAAGGUUAGAUAAGGAAAGAUAAGAUUUUUUGAUGCCUUGAAGGGAAAUUUAGAGGUAGUUACAAACCUGACACAUUCAAGUAAAAAGAAAGGAAAGCUAUGCACGGCAGAUUGACUGUAUGCAGAGGUUACAUGUGCAAACUAAUUAGUAUCAAGAUAUACUCUAUAUCAAAUACAUGUGUUUUAUUCUAUUUAUGCAUGAGAGAUAUUAAUCAUGCAAUAUGUAAAACUAAUGUGGAAUAAUGUCAAACCUUACUUACCCUAUUAUGGGUAUAAUUAUAAUAUAACAGUAUAAUUGAGGUCAUUAAUGUUGAAAGAUUAGCAGACUUCUAAAGAAGUUAUAAUAAUCAUAACAAUUGUAAUAGCCAGGUCAUGCCUUUAGGUAAUAUAUGUGUAAUUAUUUUAUUGGUUAAAGAAAAAAUAACCCAAUAAAAUAUAGUUGUUAAAAAUAUGUUAAUUUCUCAUAAAGGAUUAUUUUAUACAGUUUGCUGAUUUAAUGGAAAUAAAGCAACGCCCUCUACUGUCUGGUUGAAGUAACUGUAAUUGGCUGCCAGUGGAGACGUCAUCGCCCUGCGACAACAUGUUCCUACUUUUUCACAAGAUAACGUUGAUAGUAAAACUCCACAUUUGUUUUUUAAUUCUAGGAUGUGGGUUAGGAAACUAAGCGAGCUUAUUCUACAAGCAACUUAAUCUUGUUGUCUUUAUCUACGUAACAAAAGACCCCGGAAGUCCUCCUCUCUCCUUAUGCAGAUGUAAACACAUGGUCGUGUCUGAUGCUCAAUUAUGCCCAAACUCUUUGAGAUAAAGUUUCCAGGAGAAUGUAAGACUCUUCCCGAAGGCUUUUGGUCAGCUGUGGACGUGUGGAUAAAGAAGCCUCACGUUGUAAACAAGCGUCUAUGCGGGGUUAAGGAGACGGAGAGUAAGGAUGUGGGCAGAGAGGCGGUGCUGUUGUUGCUGGAGGAGCCUGAACUCGCUCAGGAUGUGUUGUCCUUCAUGACCAUGCUGCAGGGUUCCCCUGCUCUCACACACGAGAAUGAAACCCCCUGGGCCUCCAGCGUCAGGACAUUUAUUCCUAAAGUCAACACUUAUGGGACGAACCUGCAUAAAGAGGUUAUACUCAAAGAUUUCGACAGACAACAGGUGACCUUUCUUCCAUUUGAAGAGGAUUCAGAAGGACAGGUGUCUCUCAAGAGAGGAAACAUUCAUCAGUUCCAGCUCCUCCAUCGGGACUGUGAGAAAUGGGUAUUGGAGCUGCAUGUCUUGGCUUCAGACUUGUGGUUCUCUGAUGGCGUGGCAUACCCGAAGCUGCCCUGGCUGUCCUCAGAUCUGCUGCCCAAACUGGUGCGCUGGGCCACCGAAUGCAAGAGCAGCGAGUUCAGGAGCACCCUGUCUCUGCUGCCGGUGGAGAAGUACAGCGUCAUGUACCAGCAGCUGAAGGAGAAGUACAAGGCCAUGGUCAAGGUUUGGCCUGAGGUUACAGAUCCUGAAAAGUUUGUCUAUGAGGACGUUGCCAUUGCUACAUAUCUCCUUGUGCUGUGGGCAGAGGAGCGAGAAGAAAAAAGUCUGACAGAAAAACAGUCCUUUGUGGACCUGGGCUGUGGAAACGGCCUCCUGGUUCACAUACUGACCAAUGAAGGGCAUCCUGGAAAGGGCAUCGAUGUUCGGAGGAGGAAGAUCUGGGACAUGUUCGGCCCUCAGACUCUGCUGGAGGAAAAGGCAAUUACUCCCAGCGAGAGCUUCUUAUUCCCGGAUACGGACUGGCUGAUUGGGAACCAUUCGGACGAACUCACACCCUGGAUCCCCGUUAUAGCUGCCAGGUCAUCCUACUCCUGUCGGUACUUCGUCCUCCCCUGCUGUUUCUUUGACUUCUGUGCAAAAUACCAGAGACGGCAGUGUAAGAAGUCUCAGUAUAAAGAAUACAUCGACUUCAUCACGGAGGUCAGCGUAGUCAGUGGCUUCAACACUGAAGAGGACUGUCUCAGAAUACCAUCCACUAAACGGGUGUGUCUGGUGGACUCAAGAACCUACCAGAUAUCUGAAGAGGCCGAGGCUGAGCAGCGAAGAGCUCAUUACAUACAGAGCCGCCAGAAGGCCACUGGGCCCACAGUUUACAGGUCAGACCUCAGAAGUGACGGUUGCCAUGGAGAGGAAGACCCUGACAGGACCCCUAACAGCAGCUGGGGAGUGGGUUUCCAGCCCAGAGACAAGGUGGAACUGGUUAGAAACUGUGCUGCUCUCCCGCGGGAUUUUGUCGAUGGCGUGGUUCUGCAGGUUGCUAACGUAAUCCUGGGAUUGACUGAAGAUGAUGGUGGAGGGUCCUCCAGUGGCUGGAAUAAAGGAGGUAGCCUCUCUGUGAGCGAGGUGGCUGGACUGCUGGAACAGGAAACCCUGCAGCUCCUGAAGAAGGAGUGUGGAGGCCUCCAGACGCUGCUGAAGAACAACCACCAAGUCUUUAGAGUGGAAGGAGGGCGGGUGUACAUAAGAGACUGGCGGGACAGGAAGGCCUCCAGGGCGGAUACAAAGAGGAAGCCCAUCGCCCCCGGUGCCCUGAAAACUCGCGCCUGCUGGUUCUACAACCACCACCCUCAGCGCUGCCCCCUGCAGGCCGAACACUGUGCCUUCGCCCAUGGACCUGAUGAGCUCCGACCCUCGACCAAACCUCUGAAGAAAAUGAAAAACGACGCUUUUAUUUGAACUUGAGGAACUUUUCUAAUGAAUGUCCACCUCUGCCCAUAGAACUUCCUGGAAAAGUAUCAACUCCUAGUUCUGCAGCCACAAAGAGGAAGAAGUUCAGAUCCAAGCGACAUAACUUUUUACAAUAUUCUCUUCCUUCUGAUCCAGAUGCAGCUUUCACUGUUAUAGCUCGUUGACACCUCUAAUUUCAAGGGAUUCUUUUUUGUUUAUUUAUAUAAUGAAUAGUUUUUUGUAAAGCUCAAACCAAUUGUACACUGAAUAUCUAUUAAAGUGU